AUGAGCUUGCCUAGUGGUGCAUCUGCGAAAGCAGGGGUACUCACGAGGAUAGAGUUAGGAUGCCAUUUCAUGCCCACCUCUACACAAUUUCACUGCAAUGGAUCUUUCCGAACUUCGAAAUGGUUAGCUAAGAAAUGGUUAAGAAAGAAAAAAACAAUUUUCUCCAGUCCAUGCAAAGGCAAAGGAACUACAGAUAAUCCAGGCGCCUUCGUAUCCUUCUACCUAGCCUUCUACUUCUGUCUUCUAUUAGUGUGUCUACGUGGUUUUUAG